AUGGGGGAAGAUUUAAGGAAUACUCUGGAAGACUCAUUUGAGUCACUGAAAAAUGACAACCUUGAUAUAAGCAAGAAAAAUGAGAUCCUUGCUUCUUUCAAUAAAGAGUUUCCUUUCUCCAGUGCUCAGAAUUUAAACACGAUAUACCCAUCAUGGAUACCAUUUUUAUUAGAUUUUGCACAUUCCUUUGAGGUUUCUUUUGAUUCGGAAUCCAUUGAAAAUGAGCUAAAGCGAAAUGUUCUGAGCAUAUUGCAGCAAUGCGCCCAUGAAGACGAAUUUCAACCAUAUGCUGAACUUUGUGUUACUCGAUUGAUUUGGUUUAUACGGUCAGAAAAUGAUGAAAUAGCGAUUUUUUGCCUAAAGAUUAUCAUGGAUGUUUUCAAGUCUUUUAAAGGCUCUAUCCAUGGUUGCGCUCAAAGCUUUUUUGAUUUGGUUGUUUCAUUAGUCCGUAAACUCCCAUCCACAAUCCCUUUUUGCUUUCCCAAAAGUAGUAUUAUGUCUUCUGCCGUUGACGAACAUUCUCUCUUGUUUACUUCCGCACCAGGCAGCUACCUGUACAAAGAGACACUUGAUUUACACCAACUAAUGAAUCAUCAGUCUGCAGGAGAGCGGAAUCUUCAGCCAGCUCUUCAGAGCUUUCGUGUGUUUAUUGAAUGCCCCGUUGUAAUCGUGCUCAUCCUUCAAGUCCUCCGACAAUCUGCUACCUCAAAUGUACAGUUGCUCCUUCCUUUUCUUCUGGAUAUACUUCAAAUUGACGUGCCAAUUCCAGAUGACUUGUCGGCUAGGGUAAAUGAGGAUACUAGCUUUGAUUUUUUUAGAGCUGUCAAAAAUAAGAGCACAUAUAGGUCCGUUUUCAUGGCUCAGGUGAAAACGCUUUCAUUUGUCGCUUACAUAUUGAGAACCUUCCCAGAGACGUUUACCAACAAGGAGGUGAUUCCAUUAAUUGUCGUCACGCUUCUGCGGAGAUGUCCGCAUGACAUGUGCUUUGCUCGAAAAGAGUUACUGGUCGCUAGUCGGCAUAUACUUUCAACAAAUUUACGUAGAUUAUUUAUUACAGUUUUGGAUUCCUUGCUUGAACCCAAUAUACUGCUUGGAAAAGGUGUUGCUGCAAGAGAAUUAUUACGACCGCUUGCUUAUAGCACUUUAGCCGACUUGCUUCAUCAUAUUCGCAACGAAGUCAGUAGUGAGCAAAUUCGAAAAGCGAUCACUAUUUAUUCGCAUAAUUUACAUGAUCCCAGUUUAAGUAUAGGCUUACAAACUAUGGGAGCUCGACUUGUUUUGAAUAUGAUUGAUCGCAUUAUAAGCCUUCCCAAUCCAGCUGACUCAAUCUCACUUCUUUUCUUUAUUUUUGAUGCCUUUAUAGCAAAAUUCCAUGAACUUAAUUAUAAGCUACAAGGCAGGUUUCAUCAACAAAACGAAAAGGCUGUGCGACGAGAAGACGGCUCGGCAAAAUUUCACAUGGAAGAGCAGUUGCCCUCCAUUAUCUCAAUGGAGAAGGAUGGCUCUUUCCUGUUUAAGAAUCUAAUGCUUGGGUUACGUGCAUUGAUGUAUGGGUUGCGAAUGUGCAAGGCUCGCAGCUUCGAGGCUUCAAAUUUACACCUUAAUAGCAUCGAGAAGUUAACUACUAUCCAAGAGACUCAUAUAUUUAAGAAGCUUUUUGUCGAGGUUGCAAAGGGUCUUUCUUUUUUUCGACCCGACGAAGUUUACUGGGAAAUGUAUUAUGCUGGAAACGAAGACAAUCUCGAUAAACCGUUAACAUCCACACUUCCAAAAAAUAAAGACGAGAAAGACUGUUUGGAAGUAUUUGCAACAAUAUUUAUUCAUCUUGAGCCCCCUUUAUUCAUUGAAAUUUUUGAAUCAAAUUUACCUAUGUUUUUCGAGCAGCUAAAAUUAAACCUUACUUUAUUCCAUAUUCCGCAGUUUCUUCUUUCUAACGAAAGCACAUCCCCAAGGUUCCUUAACGUUUUACUUCGCUUUCUACUUUCAAAGUUGGACGAACUAGGUUCUUCCGACGAAAGACAUGGUUCUGUUAUGCUGAGGCUUUUUCGAUUAUCCUUCGUUACUGUUUCUUUGUUUGCUCCAAAAAACGAGCCCGUUUUACGACCUUAUGUUUCUGAAAUAGUUAUCAAAUGCAUGAAAUUUGCACCGAAUUCUAAAAAUUCUUUAAACUACUACCUGCUUCUACGUGCUCUAUUCAGAGGUAUUGGUGGUGGUCGUUUUGAUAGCUUAUACAAGGAGAUUAUGCCCCUCUUGCAUGCCUUGUUGGAAGCUUUCAACUCCUUAUUGGCUUCCGCCAAAUCUCAGAAGGAAAGGGAUUUAUUUACGGAACUUUGUUUGACUGUUCCUGUCCGUCUCAGUCUUCUUUUACCAUACUUGAGCUACUUAAUGAAACCGUUGGUUAACUCUUUGAAAAGCGGUCAAGAACUGGUAAACCAAGGUUUAAGAACUUUCGAACUUUUUCUUGACAAUUUAACUCCGGAUUUCUUGGAUCCAAUUAUGGCGCCUGUUAUUGAUGAACUUAUGGAUGCUUUAUGGGGCCAUCUUCAGCCUUUACCAUACGGCCAUCAAUAUAGUCACAAUGCCCUUAGAAUUCUCGGCAAAUUAGGUGGGAGAAACCGUAAACUUCUAAACAAAAUCCAAAGAAUGAACGUAACUUCUUCUUUCUUCAAGGAUUUUACUACGCUUGUGGAUAUCAAAGGAACCGACCGGACACAGCUUUUACAUAUUUUGAAUUAUGUGAAUCCCGCAGUAAACAUCUUAACUAGACAAAAUUUAGAUGUCGAAAUCAAACGUCAAUCUUUUUAUUAUUUGAGAACAAUCACGAAGAUUUUUUUUCAGCAGACAAGUGAUAUAGAUAAUAUAGGCUCUCGCAUUAGAGCCAGUGCUCAGCAGUUGUUACAAUCAAAUGUUGACUUCAAAAGACCCUAUUCGUUCGCUACUAAUCGAGGAACGGGUCGUGAUUUUAUCUGUAAAAUCGAUGAUGACUCAGUUGAAAAUGCCGUACUAUUCCGUGCUACUUAUGGUUUAUUUAUAGCUACCUCAGUUGAAGGCUUAAGUGAGAGUGCAUUGCAAAGUUUGAAAGCACUCGCCGCUAACAUUCUUGUGUAUGAUUUACUGUACGCUGUUGAUUUAUGCAAAGACGGCAAUGGUGAAUUACCUCGAUAUUCUCGCAAAGAGCCCAUCCUAAGCUCUCAUUAUUUUUCCCAUUGCUUAGCGAAAGUAAUGUGCGAAGAUGAUGAGAGGAUAAGAAAUUCAGUUAGUCAUGUUUUGAACUUCAUGUUUGAAUUUGCUUCGUCGCUUUUUUCUGGUUCCCAGCAUGCUUAUAUUUUACCCAUUUUUGAGGUUUUGCUUUCUGAUUUUAGACAUAAUUGCUAUGACUGUCAGUGGCAUCAUAAGUUUGGCGGUUGCCUUGGUCUUAAGUAUCUAAUAGAACAAAAAUGUUCGUCUUUAUGGUUAUUUGACAGACAAGCUGAUAUUUUAACUGCAUUGUUUUUCACCCUUAAGGAUACUACUCCCGAAGUACCUUCUAUAUGUAAAACGACAGUUAUGGAUGUUUUGAAAUGUUUGUUUGAGAAAAUCUACACCACUAAGGAUACUAAAAUUGCUCCUGGGGUUCUAGGCCAUUUAGUAUUGGAACUUUCCAAUCACAACUCGGUAGUACGCAAUUCAACUCGAGAAUUGCUGUCCCUUCUUUCCUCUCUGUCUACGGUCCCCAUUUCGGAGCUUGUUUCUCAAUAUAAGGAAAGGCUUUUGGGUCCGAUUUUUGCCAAGCCAUUACGGGCUCUUCCGUUUCACAUACAAAUUGGACAUAUAGAUGCCGUUUAUUAUUUCAUAGGGUUGGAAGGUCAUUUGAUAUCUUUGAAUGAAGAAGUAAUGCGAAUAAUUCACGAAACUAUUGCUCUUGCGGGUGCAGAUGACGAUGCCUUAAUAGGUCACAACAAAGCCUCACAUUUUAAAAAUGCAGCAUUCCUUGUGAGAUUAAGGGUUGUUUGCAUCAACCUUCUAAUUUCUAUUAUCAAUAAAAUUGAUUUGACUCAAGGCCAGCAUGUUCACUUAAGGGGGAAAAUUAUUUCUGUGUUCUUCAAGUCACUCUACGUUAAAUCUAAUGAAGUUAUAGAAGCAGCAUUUACUGGGUUGCAAUACGCUCUAAAGGAUGACCAGAAGCUCCCAAAGGAGUUGUUACAGACUGGAUUGCGUCCGAUACUGUUUAAUAUAUCUGAUCACAAGCGGCUCACCGUUGCUGGUUUGGAAGGGCUUGCUAGAUUACUUUCUCUUCUGACAAACUAUUUCAAGGUGGAGAUUGGAAGGAAACUUUUGGAUCAUUUGAUUGCUCUUCGUGACACAGUAAAUUUACGUGAGAUAUCGAAGAUGCCUUUAGCUUCUCAAACUGAGAUGAGGAUUAUCCAGGCUCUCAUUAAUAUCUUUCACCUACUUCCCAGCAACGCAAACCAAUUCAUGCAAGACUUAUUGAAAUGCGUAUUAGACAUCGAAAUGAAGCUCAAUCGUACUUGCCCUAAUUACUUCGGUAUCCCAUUAUUGAAGUACAUUAAUCGCUAUCCACGUGAUGCCUGGGAAUUUUUCUAUGCCAGGAUUGAUGAUUCCGUUUGUAACAAUUUUUUGAUUGAGCUACUUCGAUCAAAGGAAUCUGAAGAUUUAAUACUUGUAGUGAAGGAAAAUUGGAGCGUCUUUCGCUCGAUUUUAACUACGGAAGUGCCUACGUCCAACAAUACGAGAUAUUCUUUCGCAUUGGAAGUUUCUUGCGAAAUAUUCAAAAGAGACCCUUCGUUCUUCAAAGAAAAAAAUUCAUUCUUUAAAGCGCUCACAAACGCUGUCGAAAUAAUUGGUGACUUAAUUAAUAAUGGAGGAACUAUCACUUUUAUUACAUCUUGGGAAAGAGUUUUAAUUCAAUUAUGUGAGUUCUUGCUGAAAAUAUACGACCAUUGUAUAAAAGAAUUUGAUUCUGGUUUGGAUCUACUAGCGGCUUUUCAGAGUAUUGAAUAUUAUUUAUCCAAUACUCUCAUGAUCACAUUGACAAAGCAUCUUCAAAACAGCCUUACUGAAAAUUUUGAAGUGAAGCUACGAAGUCUUCUGUUUAACUUUCUAAGUUCAAAUAGCUCAUUGCAACUAAAAAAUACGCUUCUCAAUGAUGUUUUGCUGCAGUAUUUCCACCAUCACAAGACAAAUGGCGAAUCGUGUCAAGCGUGGUUCUAUUCACUUUACAAACUUUAUUUUAAAGGUAUUUCCGCUAAAAUUGGGACUUUUUAUGACGAUGGAGUCAGUAUGGGAACCUUACAGAUCAUUUUAUUUUUUUUAAAGAAUGAUUAUAAGGUUUUAGGCGAUUUCAAAAAAGAAUUAAUGUCACUAUGCUGCGCUUUAGCAAAUUCUGAAGAUCUUAUUAUAAAGCAGUUAUCGAUCUAUUCCCUGUCUAUUUUUAGUUCUGUAUUCUCCGUCCCGGAUUUUAUACCUGGCCUCGUCUACAAAGCAUUACUUAAGAGUCCUCCUGUUGAGGUCAGGCAUACUGUGAAGUCUUCCUUUGAAUGUAUUUUUUCGUCUAUGUCUUUAUCGAGUGAGUUGUCAAAUCACAUGGUUGAGCUUCCUUUACAAAUGAUAAGAAGUCAAAGCCAAAAUAUAUCGCAGCUACUAAAUGUUCUUGACUUUAUAAGCACACGCGUUUCCUAUUUUUAUUUGUAUAGAUCAGCUUAUGUCUCUAUCAUAAUAGAUUCUCUAUAUAAGUUGGGAGGGAUUCCAAAUCCAAAUCUGGAAAUUCGUUCACUAUCGUUAAAUCUUGUGAAAAUGUUAGUUUCCUGGGAUCAAACCGAGAGAUCUGAACAGAAAACAGAAAUUUUUACAAAUAAUCAAAAACGUGCCAUAUUAAGUUUCUUGUUCCGGUUUAUAUGUCUGUAUUCAGAACUGUAUACCGAAGGCUUGUGCCAAGAAGCCGCGGGUGUACUUGAACAGCUAUUUUCUUCCAAAGAAUGGUCUAAUCUUGGAAUGAAGCUUACCUUUUUCACAAAAAGCAUAGCACAUUUUGAUUCAACCGAGUCAAACUCUAUAAUGUAUGCAAAUUCCUUAAAGACAUUGUCUGUAGUAAUAAAGACUGCGGAUGAUACGUGGAUCAUGGAAAACUUCAAUGACCUGAAACUACUAAUGGUGCAGUCCUUACAGAAUGAAAACUAUAUAGUUCAGCCAUCAUUAAGUAAUUUCGUUUCUUCGGUUCUUUCGUUACCAAUGGUUCGUCCUUCCUUAACAAGUAUACCAGGAAUUUCAGAAAUUUGGAGCACUAUUAGUGAAUGGACGGAAAGGCAAUUAGUUGCUGGUUCCCAACUUGAUGUUGCUUUAUCUUGUUUAAAUUGCUGUCUUGCGAGAAAGAAGACUUCCGUUAAUUUGCUUGCAGCUUUUAUGCGUUCUUUUCAUAAGGUAACGAAGGAUGUACUUUCUUUAGGAACGCAAGAAAUGUUAACGCCAGCUGUGAACAUGCAACAGGAUCCUGUGAAAGAUGAAACAUAUUCAGUGCUUAUGUCAAUGAUUGAAAUAGGUUGUUCACACAUAAGCGAUUUAAAAGAUCAGCGAAGGUGGUUUCUUAGUGCCUUGGUUCAAAUCAUUGAAAAAUCAACGAAUGAAAAAAUAUGUUCAACCAUUUUCAAUGCUGUUCGCAAUUGGGUUGUUAACCUCGAGGCUUCAAUCCCUACUUUAAAGGAGAAAGCUGCGUUGUUAUUAAAAAUGGUCUCAUUUGAAAACAGAUUUACGAGGCUAAAUAAUUCAAGCCUCUUUUCAGACUAUCUUUAUUUCAUUCACGAUGUUUUUCAAAUGAAGGAAUACGACGGCAGCGAGCUGCUUUAUCGACUUGAUGCGGUGUACUUGUUGGGUACCAGAAGUUCGGACUCUAAAAUUCGCGAUUUAUUUAUACAUACUUUAAAUAUGAACCUUCCUACGGAUCUAUGUUCACGAUUCUGCAAGCUACUUGGAGUGCAUCACUGGGACUCACUUUCAAAUACAUACUGGAUACCCCAACUGAAUUCUUUUCUGAUUGACUGCUUUGAGCUCGAUAAAAAUUGCAUCUUGUUUAAAAAGCCUAAGCGUUUUCCAAUGCUUUCUUCGUAUUUACCUUCAGAACCAUUAGAAACGGACUGUGAUUCGGAAGAUGAUAAUAUAAAAUCUGCGCUCGUCACAUAUGAAGUGAUUUCCGAUGGUCUAAGCAAUAUCAAGCUUUCAGACAUCAUGAUUCCAGUAUCAAAGAUGCAGACUGUAGAUUCUGAAGCGGCUGGCGCCCUCUGGGAGGAUUUAUUCAACGCAUCGUUUUCCAGUUUUUCUUCUGAGCAAGUUGCUUUGGCUUCUAAAGCCGUGAUCUUCAUUCUUUCGAAAGAAUAUCAUAUAAGGUUACUCGGAAAGACACCCAGUGUUUUGGAAACGUUUUUGAGUGCUAUUUUGCUUUCUGAUAGAUUUAUUGCUUUACCGCCGCAGUUAUUAUCUUUUUUAAGUAAAAACUUCGGUUUACACCAUCAAUGCAUUCUUCUGUUAGAAAACGCACUUCGCAAUAAUCCCGGUUUUAGGGACGACGAGUUAUUAGUUUAUAGAAAUUCCUGUUUAGACGCUUUAAGUGAGAUUUAUUAUGGUUUAAAUGAGCAUGACUUAUAUAUUGGUCUAUGGAAACGACGUUCUCGCUACCUACAGACAGAAAUUGCUGCGUCUUAUGAACAAUGCUACAAAUGGGAAAAAGCACAAUUGGUAUAUGAACAAGCCCAAAUAAAUACUUGUGCUGGUGCUAUACCCUAUUCACCUCAAGAAAAUGGAUUUUGGCAUGAUCAUUGGAUUAAAUCUGCCCAAAAGCUGAAUCAGUGGGAUGUCCUUUUGGAUUUAUCAAAACAAGAGGGCUGCGAUGAAUUAUACAUAGAAAGUGCUUGGCGAGUUCUGGAUUGGAACACUGAUCGUGAUAAAAUUGAGAAGCCGGUCAAAACACUUUCACCAUUAGUGAGCCUGAGGCGACAUACGUCGGAUGCUCUGCUCUUUCUAACAAGCGGAGAGCGGAAAACAGAUACUGCGAAUGAAUUCUCUAAAAUCAUUCAUGAGGGUAUGCAGUUCUCUUUACGCCGUUGGCAGCAAUUACCCAAGCGCAUUUUUCAGUCUCAUGCACCUUUAUUGCAUCAUUUCCAGGAGCUUGCAGAAAUGCAAGAAGCUUAUAAUAUCUACACACAACUUGAGAGUACUACUGUUGAAAACCUAGAUACCAAGCUUCAAGACAUAAAGGUUAUUUUGCAAAGUUGGAGGGAGCGCUUACCUAAUAUAUGGGAUGAUAUUGAUUGUUGGAGUGAUUUAGUUUCUUGGAGAAAAACUGUUUUUAAAGCCAUUAACAAUGUUUUUUUGCCCUUGGCUUCAGCUCUUCAACAGGCGCCAAAUGGCACUUCGAACAGCAAUUCGGCAUCUUAUCUUUACCGAGGGUACCAUGAAUUGGCAUGGAUAAUAAAUCGAUUCGCCCACGUUGCUCGAGUGCAGCAUUUACCUGAAGUUUGCAUUGGUCAACUUACUAAAAUCUAUACACUGCCGAACAUAGAAAUACAAGAGGCUUUUCUGAAAUUACGUGAACAAGCGAAAUGUCAUUAUGAGUACCCCUCGGAAAUGCAUUUGGGUUUAGAAGUUAUAAACAAUACCAACCUUAUGUACUUUCGUAACCCUCAAAAAGCUGAAUUUUUUACAUUGAAAGGAAUGUUCCAGAGUAGCCUAGGAGAAUAUGAUGAGGCAAAUCAAGCCUUCGCUACAGCAGUACAAAUUGAUUUAUCACUUGGAAAGGCUUGGGCUGAAUGGGGUUUGUAUCAUGACAACCUAUUUAGUGCAUCACCCCAGGAUCCUUGGCACGCUUGUAAUGCUGUUAGUUGCUAUCUUCAGGCUGCAUCACUAUAUCCCAGUUCAAAAGCUAAGAAGUACCUCAGUCGACUUCUUUGGUUGCUUUCUAUUGACGUUCAAGGAGGCAUAUCUGCUGUCGUUACCUCAUUUAAAUCCGAAAUUCCAGCGUGGAAUUGGGUUUCUUUUAUUCCUCAGUUAUUAACUUCUUUGUCACGUAACGAAGCGCCGCAUGCUCGAGCAAUAUUAAUAGUAAUAGCUAGAACAUACCCUCAGGCACUUCACUUUCAACUUCGUACCGCUUUUGAGGAUUAUACUCUUGCGAAUAAACAGCAAUUGGCAGAAGCGGCAGCUAAGGCUUCUACCUCAAAUGGCUCUACUGAAAGUUUACCAACAGAUACUAAAGCCAGGGACGUGAAUUCGGGUACAUCCUUUUCAAGCUCUCCUAGCGUAACUCCUAUAAACGAGGGAUUUAUGAGCAGUGAAAUGAACGGAAAACAUAGUCACUCAAAUGCUCGUCUACCAUCUCAAAACACUGGGGAUAUAAUGGCUAUUCUGAAAACUGCUUAUCCAUUAUUGGCUUUAACAAUGGAAACUAUGGUGGACCAGAUUCAAUCUCGUCUUAAAUCUUUUCCUGACGAAGAUGCUUAUAGACUAAUUGUUGCGUUGUUGAAUGACGGUUUACAGUAUAUUACAAGGCUUGGCGUUGUGACAAAGAAUACGCCUCAACUCCCAAUGACAAAAGCUAAUAUACAGCGUUUUGCAGAAAAUGUAUUACCUACAUCUAUUCGAGAAGCUUUCAUGAAAGAUUUUGUUGAGCAAGAUUUGACAUUGCUGGCUUACGUGGAUAAGUUGCGUGUUUGGAAGAAGAGGUUUGUAGAAAUUCUAGACCAACGCCCUAAGUGUCUUCAUUUGGAACAGUGCAGCCUUUAUUUAAGUGAAUUUCAGCAUCAAAAAUUUGAUGAGGUGGAAAUUCCCGGUCAAUAUCUUUUGGAUCGUGACAACAAUAAUGAAUUUGUCCGGUUAGAAAGAUUUGUUCCCAAUGUCGAUCUCAUAAGAGGACACAAUAUUUGUUACAAACGACUUACGAUGAGGGGUUAUGAUGGCAUUUUAUAUCCUUUCGCUCUACAGUACCCUGCCACUCGCCAUAGUAGACGUGAAGAACGUAUGCACCAACUUUUACGUUAUAUCAAUUCGAUUCUGGAGACAAAAAUUGAAGUCCGACGUCGAAAUAUCACCUUCAACGUACCCAUCUCAAUUCCACUUUCUUCUCAUAUGCGUAUCUUAAGUGAUGACGAUGCGAAUGUAACAGCGCAGGAAAUUAAUGAUUGGUAUUGUGAAGAACAUGGGAUGGUAUCUGAUCACCCUAUUCGUUUCUUCUUCGACAAGUUGCAGUCAAAUCUUAUUCAAUUAAAACGUGGCAACAAAAUGAACUUAGAGAAUAGUUCUUUGGAGGAAAAGAAAAAGGUUUACCGUCGACGUACUCUAGCCUUAAGGAUGCAAAUCUUAGACACGAUCAAAGAUUCCCUUAUACCUGAGACGAUCUACUAUGAUUAUUUCAGUAAAGCCUAUAAUAAUUAUUCGGAUUUUUGGUUCUUUAAACGUGCUUUUACUGUACAAUAUGCUUACUUCUUGAUGAUUACCUACAUGUUUAAUGUCGGAAGCAGAUUUCCUCAUAAGAUUAUUAUUAAUCGUAGCUCAGGAAGCAUAAGUUCUGCAGAUCUUUUACCUUUGAUGACUUCGAACCAGCCUACGUUUAACAACCCCGAAGCAGUUCCAUUCCGUUUGACUCCUCCUGUUCAGUAUUUAAUUGGCGAUAUUGGAAUAGAGGGCUUGCUGGUUGGUGUUCUCAUAAGCUUUGCUCAGAGUUGCUCAAGCUCGGACGCUGACAUAAGGCAAUAUCUCAGUCUAUAUAUCCGUGAUGAAGUUUUGUGGUGGCAUAAGCAGCAAAAGAAACCUUUACCGCAGGGAUUGCAAUUAUUUGAGAUGGUGAGGUUUAAUGUCGAAUUAUUGUCCCGAAGGGCGACUGUCAUAAGCCAGAACGUUCCUGAUAAUUUGCCAAUAACACAAACGCUGAUUGACUUAAUAUCGCAAGCUACAAACCCCAAGCAGCUUGCUCAGAUGGAUCAGCUCUGGCAGGCGUGGUUGUAA